GAUAAAGUUUCAUAUCAUUUUCGCCAGCCGGCAGCAGUGGAACACGCGACGGGGAGCAGCAUUGGUGUUUGUUGUUCGCACAUUAUUUAAAUAUUUGAAUGCGACGACGACCAGUUAUCGCAAUUAGUACGAGGGCGAAAAUUGCUAAUCGAAUAAAUCAAAACUAAUAAUAAAACCCAAGUGUCGUCAGAAAUAGAUCAGAAACAAAGCUAUUAUGUAUUCGAAAAUCUUUCGUGCUGUAAUAAUCGGAGCCCCCGGCUCCGGCAAGGGAACCAUUUCCGAACGUAUUGUUAAAACCUUUGGAUUCCUGCACAUCUCCUCGGGCGAUAUAUUGCGCCAGAACAUUAUCAAUAAUACGGAUCUGGGCAAGAAGGCGCAACAGUUCAUCAACUCUGGCCAACUGGUGCCCGAUGAGAUAGUCACAAAGACGAUGCUGGCCCGCAUCCGAGAGGUGGGCAACAAGUCGUACAUUCUGGAUGGUUUCCCACGCAACAGUGCCCAGGCGGAUAUUCUGUCCGCACGGGAGCAAAUCGAUGCCGUUAUCAAUCUGAACAUUCCACACGAUGUAAUCAUUUGCCGUGUCAAGAAUCGUUGGAUUCACGCACCAUCCGGCCGAGUGUACAACAUUGGCUUCGAUGAUCCCAAGGUGCCUGGAAAGGAUGAUGUGACGGGCGAGCCGUUGACCCAGCGUGAGGACGACAAGCCCGAGGUGGUGGCCAAACGUUUGCAGUUAUAUGACGAGCUGAUGAGUCCGGUUUUGGCCUGGUAUGCGGAACGUGGUCUGGUCACCAGUUUCAAGGGGCGUGAGACCAAAGAGAUUUGGCCACGCGUCGAACGCUUCCUCAAGGAUAAGGUCCAAGGAUAGGCGGCCAAACCGGUUAAUUCCGAAUAGAAUUUCUUCAAUUGUGCACAAAUCAAUGAUAAGAACAAUGUGUUCAAUUAAGCCCAAACAUAUUUACGAGUGUAUGUAUAUGUAUGCAUCUACAAUAUGUGUGGAACAGGAUGGAGAAGGAGCACGAGUCUAAUUAAAUGUAAUUGCGAAGCCUUACAAUGUGAAAGCGAUACGAACUAUGAGUCUAACUAAAUGUACUUCUUUCUUUUGUAUUUGUAUUUGUAUUUGUAGCCAGCGACACCCGAGUAUACAAAACAUUCCCCCUCAUAAAAAGUGUAUUGUUCCCCCCAUUUUUGUAUAAACAUCUUUUUGUACUCGUUUUUGUACUAUGUGCUCUGAUAAUAAAUCGCGUUUUGUUAUACUGUGCGCUGAUAAUUGAA